UUUUCAGAAGGAGCUGAAGACGAAGACAAAAACAGCAGUUUAAAAUCAGGUCUACCUACUCUGUCAGUUAUCUUCUGUCAGGUCCUCCCUCAGGACGCAGAGAUGGGCCAGUGGAGCUGCAGCCUCUUUGUGGUGUUUUUCCUUUGUGGAGCUUUUAUCAGAGAAACACUGCAGGCUACUUUAUCUGAUGUUGGGGUACACAAAGGCGCUCAGAGACAUCUCCUGAUGGAAGAUGAAAAUCAUAGCAACGCAAGUGAAAUUCACAGGGCAGUCGAUUCAGGUGACGAGAGCCCAAAGUCGGUGGAGUGGUCCUAUAUGGCAGCAGGUCUGGGCACAGUCCUCACCAUCUCACUCCUCAUCGUGAUGACUGUCAAGUUUCGCCUCUUCCAUCGCUUCUUGGCCAGCUACAGACACUCCCUGCUCCAAGAGACUGACGGUGUCAGCCAGUAUGGCCAGGACGAACUGCCCUUCCCUCACAGCGUGUCAGGCAGAAUUGGAGUGGGUGGAGGGACUCGCAGAGGGCUGGAUGAUGACGAUGAUGGCUUCAUUGAGGAUAACUACAUCCAGACCAGUGAGAGGGACAGGGCAGAGAGAGAGGGAGAAGAGGAUGUGGAGGAAGGGAUAGAAGACAGUGAUGAUGAUCUUGAGUUCACUAUAGGGUGAUCAGAUAAAGGGG